AUGGAUAAAGAGUCCAAUCCCGUGCCCUCUACAGGAACGUCCACAUAUCGGAUGGUGACGACGGAUAAUGUCACGGCCUCCGCUUCCAUCUCCUCGCCAGAGUCUUCUUCUGCCACAAAUGAUCCACAACUCAGUCACACACAACCUCACGGCAUGUCCAGCUCGUCGGCAAGUACCCUUUCCACCGAGCACUCGCCAGUAGAAAGGACAGAAUCCAGAUUUGAACCAAUUAAGACAACCUCUACUCCAGACAGCCGACCACAAUUGAUCACGAGGAAGAGUAUUCAAACCGAAGAUGAUUUGUUCAGAGUCUUAUCUCAGCGACGGACAAGCGCUUCUGGCAAGUCGAACGCGGAGAUUCAAGAAGAAAAUGACGAGAUUGAACGGCUGAUGUCCCGGAUGUUUGGAAAAGCUCGGCAACAAAACAGCGAGGAAGAGAACACUCGACACAGUGGUGUCGUCUUCCGAAACUUGACCGUGAAAGGCGUCGGAUUGGGGGCGAGUCUCCAGCCCACAGUCGGCGACAUAUUUCUCGGUUUGCCUCGUAUGAUCAGAACAUUGUUCAGGAGAGGUGCCAAAGCUGCGUCCGGAAAACCUCCUGUUCGAGAACUUCUGAGCAGUUUUGACGGCUGCGUUCGGCCCGGCGAGAUGCUACUGGUUCUCGGAAGACCCGGUUCGGGUUGUUCGACCUUUCUCAAGACAUUUUGCAAUCAACGAGAAGGCUUUGAGUCCGUCGAAGGAGACGUGACAUACGGUGGCACAGACGCAAAGCGAAUGAAGAAAGACUUCCGAGGGGAGGUCAUCUACAACCCUGAGGAUGACCUUCACUAUGCCACUCUGACAGUCAAACGUACGUUGUUAUUCGCGUUGAAGUGUCGGACUCCCGGGAAGGAAUCACGCUUAGAAGGAGAGUCUCGUGCGGACUACAUGGCAGAAUUUCUCCGCGUGGUCACCAAGCUGUUCUGGAUCGAACAUACCCUCGGGACCAAAGUUGGAGACGAAUUUGUUCGCGGAGUUUCUGGAGGUGAAAAGAAGAGAGUCAGUAUCGCUGAGGCAAUGAUCACAAGAGCAUCGGUACAGGGAUGGGACAAUUCGAGUCGUGGUCUUGAUGCGAGUACCGCUUUGGAAUAUGUCCAGUCUAUUCGAACGCUGACUAACAUGGCCGGUACCUCGACUGCGGUGUCUCUUUACCAGGCCGGCGAAUCCUUGUAUGAACUUGUGGACAAAGUCCUCCUCAUCGACCAUGGUAAGUGUCUCUACUACGGCUCGUCUGACAGGGCCAAACAAUACUUUCUUGAUCUGGGAUUUGAAUGUCCCGAACGAUGGACAACCGCAGAUUUCCUCACCUCUGUAACCGACGAACAUGCAAGAUCAGUUCGCAAGGGCUGGGAAGAUCGCAUCCCUCGUAACGCGGACGAGUUCGCUGCCCUGUAUCGUCAAAGCGAUGCCUAUCAACGCAACCUCGAAGAUAUCAAAGAUUUUGAAGCGCAGCUUGAGAGGCAAAAACAAGACCGGCUUGAAAACAGGUCCAGGAAGAACAAAAGGAAGAACUAUACACUUCCAUUCCAUAAGCAAGUGAUUGCUUGUACACAGCGUCAGUUUAUGGUCAUGGUGGGUGACAAGGCUUCGUUAUAUGGCAAAUGGGGAGGAAUUGUUUUCCAGGGUCUUAUUGUGGGCAGCCUCUUCUUCCAGAUGCCCAAAACUGCUGCUGGUGCAUUUCCUCGUGGCGGUGCGAUAUUCUUUGUUUUGCUUUUCAAUGCCUUACUUGCCCUUGCAGAGAUGACAGCCGCAUUCUCAUCGAAACCGAUUCUGCUUAAGCACAAGUCGUUCUCCUUCUACCGGCCAGCUGCCUACGCCAUCGCACAAACCGUUGUCGAUGUCCCACUUGUCGCCAUCCAGGUUUUCUUAUUCAAUGUUAUCAUUUAUUGGAUGGGCGGAUUAGCUGCGUCUGCUUCACAGUUCUUCAUAUCGUGUCUCAUCAUUUGGACAGUAACCAUGACCACCUAUGCCUUCUUUAGAGCAAUUUCAGCUUUGUGUAAAACGCUCGAUGACGCUACCAGAUUUACUGGCGUUUCGAUACAGAUCCUAGUUGUGUACACAGGCUAUCUGAUUCCUCCUUCUCAGAUGAAACCAUGGUUCUCUUGGCUGAGAUGGAUCAAUUGGAUUCAAUAUGGCUUUGAGUGCCUAAUGGCGAAUGAAUUUACCGGACUAAUCAUGGAUUGUACACCACCGUACCUCGUUCCACAGGGUCCCGAAGCUAGAGCUCAGUAUCAGUCGUGCGCACUGGCAGGAAGCCAGCCUGGCAGAACUUCAGUCGACGGCGCCCGAUAUAUUCAGCAAGCAUUUCAAUACAAGCGCAGCCACUUAUGGAGAAACUUUGGGUUCCUGUGGGCAUUUUUCCUCUUCUUCCUCGCCGUGACGGCUUUCGGUAUGGAAAUCAUGAAACCCAAUGCUGGAGGUGGAGCCAUCACUGUGUUCAAGCGCGGCCAAGUCCCCAAGAAGGUGGAGGAGUCAAUCGAGGCUGGUGGCCGUGAGAAGAACGUUAACAGGGACGAAGAAGUUGCUGCAGCAAGCAAUAGCCCAAUGGCCGCCGAGAAGAUCAGAGAUCCUGGCAGCGACGGCAGUGACAGGACCAACUCUGCACAAGAAGACUCGACCAUUAAGAAUGUCGCAAAGAAUGAGACCGUAUACACGUUCCGCAACGUCAACUACGUGAUUCCCUACGAAAGGGGCGAGCGGAAGCUACUACAAAAUGUUCAAGGUUAUGUCCGCCCCGGCAAGCUCACUGCGCUGAUGGGUGCAAGUGGAGCAGGCAAGACAACCUUGCUCAAUGCACUAGCACAGCGUAUCAAUUUUGGAACGGUCACUGGCGAGUUUCUCGUCGACGGUCGACCGCUGCCCAAAUCCUUUCAGCGCGCCACUGGCUUUGCCGAACAGAUGGACGUCCACGAACCAACAUCUACCGUGAGGGAAGCAUUACGAUUCUCAGCCCUCCUACGACAACCACGAGAAGUACCCGUGGAGGAGAAGUACGCUUACUGUGAGACGAUCAUUGACCUACUGGAAAUGCGAGAUAUUGCCGGUGCCACAAUUGGCCGUGUGGGCGAAGGUCUCAAUCAAGAACAACGUAAGCGUCUGACCAUCGGCGUCGAAUUGGCCAGCAAACCGGAGCUACUUAUGUUCUUGGAUGAACCAACAUCCGGUCUAGACUCCGGAGCCGCAUUCAACAUUGUCAGAUUCUUGAGGAAACUAGCGGAUGCUGGACAAGCCAUUCUCUGCACCAUUCAUCAACCUUCUGCAGUCCUGUUCGAACAUUUUGACGAGCUCCUGCUGCUCAAAUCCGGUGGACGAGUGGUCUAUCAUGGGCCCCUGGGCGACGACUCGCAAGAGCUCAUCAGAUACUUCGAAGAAAACGGCGCUCGAAAAUGUCCACCAGACGCGAAUCCAGCCGAAUAUAUGCUUGAAGUCAUUGGUGCAGGCGACCCAAAUUACCAUGGUAAGGACUGGGGAGAUGUAUGGGAGCAAAGCAAAAAUUAUCGGUCCCGAUCCGACGAGAUCUCGGAAAUGAUCGAACGACGAAAAAGCGCUGAGCACAGCAAAAACAUCAGAGACGACAGAGAGUAUGCGAUGCCACUAUCGACGCAAAUCGUCGCCGUGGUCAGAAGAUCUUUUGUCUCGUAUUGGCGCACUCCAAACUACAUCAUCGGCAAAUUCAUGCUUCACGUCCUGACUGGUCUCUUUACGACAUUCACAUUCUACCACCUUGGUUACGCCUCGAUCGAUUUCCAGUCUCGGCUCUUCGCCGUCUUCAUGACCCUCACCAUCUCGCCGCCCUUGAUCCAGCAACUCCAACCUGUCUUUCUCAAUUCCAGAAACAUCUUCCAAUCUCGUGAGAACAACGCGAAGAUCUAUAGCUGGAUAGCAUGGACCACAGGCGCCGUGUUAGCAGAGAUCCCGUACUCUAUCGUCGCCGGCACCGUAUACUAUUGCUGCUGGUGGUUCGGGUUCCAGGGGUACCGUCAUUCCACGACAAGUUUCACCUCGGGGUUCUUGUACCUCUGUAUAUGCUUGUUUGAGCUGUACUACGUCAGCUUCGGACAAGCCAUCGCGGCAUUCUCGCCCAACGAGUUACUGGCCAGCUUGCUCGUGCCUGUUUUUUUCUUGUUCGUCGUGAGUUUCUGUGGCGUCGUCGUGCCACCUCAACAACUUCCAUCUUUCUGGCGUUCCUGGAUGUACUGGCUUACCCCGUUCCACUAUCUUCUUGAGGCAAUGCUGAGUGUCAUUAUCCACGAUCAACCUGUACGCUGCAAUCAAGGCGAAUACGCACGCUUUCCCGCUCCACCGGGCCAAACAUGCCAAUCAUAUGUUGAACCCUACAUUCGUCAGGCCGGUGGCUACGUCCAAGUCGCCUCCAACGGGCUCUGCGAGUUCUGCCAGUAUGCCAACGGUGAUGAGUUUGGACGUGGGUUCAGUGUGUACUACUCACAUAAGUGGCGCGAUAUUGGGAUCUUUUGUGCAUUUGUUGGGUUUAAUUAUGCCGUCGUAUACUUUGCCACGCUUCUGCGGUUCAAGGCCAGGAAUCCACUGUCGAAGGUAUUGAUGAAGAGGAAGCAUAAGGGUGAAUAA